AUUGGGUCAUGUGUUUGCGCUACCCUUCUAAUUUGACAUGUGCAAUAUUUCGAAAAAUAACGGCUCAUUUGUAUUUCACAGAUUGUUCGAAAAAUGAACAUCUAUUUCUAACUUCGUGACUUCACUGACGUAUGAAGUUCUUCAGUAAUAAACAAGUUAGAAAAUGAAUAGAAUAACUGAAUUCUUCAUUUCGUCAUUAGAACAUAUCCUUGAUCAAUUUUUUUUUCUCAUCCUCUUAUUUUUUUGUCAGAUAUACAACUAAAUGAGAUUGUUUUCUCCCAAUUUUUGAGAUACUACGAAUGUCCAUUAAUAAGAGUAUUUCAAAAUUUUACAAGCCUGUCGGCUAUAAAGUAACUCCAGAAAUGGCCUUGAGAGACUGCGAUAAUCCAUCAAGUUCGAACAAUCAAGUCUUAUCAAGUGAUUCCGGCUUGUCCUUCAACAGGUUGGGCGCUACUGGUAGAUUAAAUAACACGGAUACAUUUUGGACAAAAAAUCAUACUACUGCUAAUGAAGUUCAAUUUGGACUGUCCGAUGAAAGCAGCAGCACUUCUCUUUCAUCUUCCUCUUCUGACCUAAUGAGCUCCAGUGUGAUUGAAGGAAAGUGCUGUGAAGAACACCUAUCUCUUACACGAGAAAUGGCAAUAAGGCUCUUGAAAGAGUACGUCAAAAACCUGAAGGACUUUUCCUCUAUGAUGAGAGAAAAACAAUCAACAACCUUGAGAGAUACUUCCACCUCGCCGAUACAUUCACCUGUAAUAGACAGUAAUGAUAAACACAAAUGUGCAAUAAAGAGAGAUACUCAGAAUUCUGAUAAUACAGUCAGUCGCCAAAGACCUUCUUCUAUGUUGGGAGUAAGCCAUAUGCAUCAAACGUCAUAUGAUCUUGCUCAAAGCGAUCGAACUAAAACUUCGACGAGUUUCUUUAGCUCUUUGGAUCAUGUUAUCGACAUACCAGUUGCUUUCAUGAAGAAGCAAAACUUCACAGCACGUAGCGUUUGUAAGGUCAUAAAGCAGCCAGAUAAUCCAGGCAAUUCUUUGGAAGAAUCUUACUCUACUAAGACCGAUAAAUGCAAUUGGUUUAACAAGAAUAACUUAGAUUCAGAUGAUUCCGGUCAACAAACACCAGUGAAUUUUGAGUCCGGUCUGCAGACUGCUGUAUUGAAGUCAGAAAAACAUUAUCAGCUUGAGAAAGAUCCUGGCAAAUCAGUGCCUAUACUUUCAUCUACCAGUACGUUAGAUAACAAUCAAUCUUCAAAAGACUGCAAAAAGGAUACACAAAAACACUUGGGUAGAAUCGUCAUGAUGCCACCACAACCUGAUAUUCUGAAAUUCGAAAGACCUCAUAAACCUAACGUUAUAAUUGCGGAUGAAAGACUAAAUGGAGAGGGUAUUGUUACGGAAAAACAGUCUGAAGCAGCUCUUAGUUCACCGAACCAGUUGUUUCACACGCAAAUAUCCUCUGACUUCUCAAGAACGGAAAGACUAAGAAUAAAAUCACCCAGUCCAUCCUACUCCAGUUCAGUUGGAUCACCUGCAAAUUCAUUUCACUCAACUCCUUCGAGGCCAGAACUUCAUUCUAGCCCUACACCACAAGCAAAAACAUAUCACUCAGGCGCACCAAGGUCAAGUUCUGUACAGAGAGUGAUACCUCAUUCUUCUAAAGAAACCCUGUGGAUCAGAAAUUCGUAUAACACACCGUCCCAAAAUCCAUACAGGAGUUUGGUUAAAAGUUCCUCAAGUAUACCUUUAAGUGGAACUCCAAGUUACUCGGACUCUGUCUUACCUAAGAUUACUUCACCAUUCUCUCAACCCAUAUUCACUCCUAACUGUAAUGAUUAUAUGGAAUAUGAUGUCAACCAAUUACCUAAACAUGUAUUGAGCAAAACUGACUUUAGCAACACCAAGUUCAAUAACAAUCCUAUUCGAACGAUAGGUGAAAUUCCUAUUUUAGGAAGGGGAACAAGAACACAAAUAGUUACUGAAGAUCUCUCUUUGUCACCAAACAAACCACCUAAAAAAUAUGGAGUUUGGCCCAAUUCAACUCAAAUUCCACCUGCUGUUUCACAACAGAUGAAUCCAUCCACAAAACAACAGGAUAACAUUUCUCAAUAUAAAAAUGAUUUAUUUUACCGAAGAAAAUCUGAUAAAAUAAUACAAACAGAUGAUUUUGAUGAUGAUGAUUCAUGGAUAACUGGAAGCUUAGAUUCUCCAAAUAAUCAGGAUUUAGAAAUUUCAUGUGAACCAGAAAAUCCAUCGCCAGUUAACGAACCAAACCUUCAAACUUGGACUCUGUCUUUGCAAAGUAUUGUAAGACCAACCGAAUCAGAAAGCAUUUUACCUAAAGCAAAUGAAAUUAGUUGCACGGAACAUAUUAAUAUACACAUUGAAAAAAAACCAAGUGAAAGCAAAAUACAGCCUAAUUUAGAAUGUGACAGAAAGCUAUGGCGUCGUCAUUCACUGCGUAUUAAUCCUUCAGAAUCUGAUAAUUAUCAAACAACACAACGAAAUUUAAAUCAAUUCAAUGACCGCCCAAAUCAAAGACUUUCUUUACCCCGUAAACCAAAAAACACUUCGCGAUUUAGUAUAGGGAGCUCAAGUGAACUUGAUACUCCAAAAUGUCGUAGUGUACACUUUUCAAAUGAUGUUUUAGUGGCUCACACUGGAUCAGGACCAGAACCUUUACUAUUAUCUUCAGCUCCUCUAAAAGAACCAGCUUCAGAUGAUGAGCAAGAACAAAAUGGGAAACCAAGUUACUUUACGAAACUUUCAGUUGACUGCGGUCAUAAUAUGUCAAAUUUUUUGAAACCUAAAUCUCGAACAAAUAUAAACAGACCUUCAGCUCCACUACCUUUUCGUCGACAGUUUGUUCUUAACACUUCAAAUAAUGUCAAUUCUUAAGUGACAAAUAAAUACAUGAUGAAAAUAAUGUGCCGAUAUUGUUUUUCUGAUUUCGUCAUUAAAGGUCCAUUGAAUCCUACUAUCUAGAUAACAUUUAUUCACGUUUAAAAAGCUAACAAUUGAAGAAGAAAUCAUUGAUGCCCAUGGAGUAUUCAGUUUUUGCUUAUCUCACUUGAAUUAUCACAGUCAUCUCAUAUUCCCCAAUUUUAGUGCCUUGAGCAAUGCUAUUAAUUUUACUACGCUAUUACUCAUUAACUGAUUGUGUGCAUUUCGAAUCAAAUAUGCUCUUUUUGUUAAUUUUGAUUAUCCAGGGUUAUUUAUAAUUCUGAAUAUCAUCUUAAGCUUCAUUCAUCUCUAUUUUCUUGUUGCAAUACAUGGUAGAAAUGUUUAUUUACUAAACUAUUUAUUUAAACUAAUAAGUUAUUUAAUAGUCUGAAAUGGCAGAUAGGUCCCACACAAUACUUAUGUCUGACAGUUUCAAAACUCAACUCAUUUGAAACUGUCAGGAAGUAUUAGAUAAAUUUUAUCAUAUUGAAUUAUUGAGUUAUGCCUUCAGAUUCUUAAAUAAAAGCAUUUAACAUUUAUAAAUUACAUUAAUAUAGUAUGGAGGCACUAUAUGUAAAUGUUUUUACUAUGGCAGUGUUUAUUUUUAUGGUUCCAUUAUUCUCUCACUUCACUUAACCUUCUAUCACACUUAACUAUAAUAUGAAUAAUAUUCAUUUUGUUUAUUUUCAUUAUUUGUAUUCUUUACCACGAAAUGUUUAUGUCAAAAUGAUUGUCUAUCACAGAUUCAGAUCAAAAAAAUAUUAUUAUUCACACAAAAUUUAGUUCAUAUACUUAUGUAAAUGUUGAUAACGAUAAUUUUGCUGUAUUCUGUUAAUCAUUUUUAUUCAUGAUUUUAAUGAAUAAAUAUAGGUAAUUAGUUUGUUCA